AUGGAGGACGGUGUGUCAACUUAUACUGUCGAUGAGGCGCUUGUGUCCAUGGGGUUUGGAAAGUUCCAAGCGUUCGUGCUUGCCUAUUCCGGGAUGGCCAAGAUCUCAGAGGCGAUGGAAAUGAUGCUUCUGUCGUUUGUUGGGCAGUCGGUUCACGCUGAAUGGGGGCUUUCUGCACAGGAAGAGAGUUUCAUCACAAGUGUUGUAUUUUUAGGGAUGCUUGUGGGAGCAUACUGCUGGGGCUUAGUUUCGGACAACUAUGGGAGAAGGGUUGGGUUCAACUUCACAGCCCUUGUAACCGGUGGGGCUGGUCUUCUCAGUGCCUUCGCGCCAAACUAUUCAUCUUUGAUUGUACUAAGAUUUUUUGUUGGUGUUGGACUGGGUGGUGGACCAGUUCUAUCUUCUUGGUUUCUAGAGUUUGUCCCUGCUCCUAACCGAGGAACUUGGAUGGUUAUCUUCUCAGCAUUUUGGACCAUUGGCACAAUACUGGAAGCUUCGCUUGCUUGGGCUGUGAUGCCAGCUUUUGGCUGGAGGUGGCUGCUAGCGCUCUCAUCAUUGCCAUCAUUUGCCCUACUACUCUUCUACCCAUUGACACUCGAGUCACCAAGAUACCUAUGCAUGAAGGGCAGAAUAGCUGAUGCAGUGCAUGUUAUGGAAACAAUGGCACGAGUAAACCGUGUAGCUCUCCCUUCUGGACGACUUAGUGCUGGCCAUCGAGUGGAGCUCCACGAGAUGGCAGAUUCCGCAGAAUCUGCGCAGUUGGUUUCAGCUAGGAAAAGCAACCCUGUCGAUCACGCCAGCAAACCUGGGAUUGGGGGCCUGAAUGCCAUCUUAAGGCUUUUGUCCCCAAAUCUAAUUAGAUCGACUCUUCUUCUUUGGACUGUCUUUCUCGGUCUCGCCUUCUUGUACUACGGUCUUGUUCUGCUAACCUCGGAGCUGAGUCAUGGAAAUAGGAUCUGUGGCUCAGAAGGAGCAGUAACAGCUGAAACAACCCACUCAACUGAUGUUAAUCUCUACAGGAAUGUAUUCAUCACUAGCUUUGGAGAGGUUCCCGGCCUUAUUCUGUCGGCCGCCAUCGUGGACAAGUUCGGACGCAAGCUCUCAAUGUCCUCGAUGCUUUACGUCAGUUGCCUGUGCAUAGCUCCUCUCAUGUUCGCUCAGACGGAAUCCCUGACGACCAUCUUCCUGUUUGGAGCGCGCAUCUGCAUCUCCGCCAGCUUCAUCGUGCUGCACAUCUACGCCCCAGAUAUACCCGACAGCCGUGAGGGCGACGGGCGUGGGGUUCGCGAGUUCCAUCGCCCGCUUCGGGGGGAUCCUGUGCCCGCUCGUGGCCGUCGGGCUGGUGCACGCAUGCCACCAGACCGCGGCCAUCGCGGUGUUCAUCACGGUGAUGCUCGUGUCGGCCGUGGCCGUGUCCUACUUCCCCCUGGAGACGAGCGGGCGGAAGCUGAGCGACCACAUCGCGGCGUAGAGCGCGGCCACCUGACAAUGACAUUGCCGCAGCUGCCAUCAAUCUGUGCAUUCCUCCAUUAUCAUAAUUCUUGCUCUCAGCUUAAUAUGUGCACGCAAAUAUGCUCUCUGACUCCUGCCAUAUGA